AUGGACAUCCCAAAACCUGCGCCCAUUACCGCCAAAGUCUAUUUGUCUCGUGAAGAAAUUCUGGGCAAAAAGUUGUACACCUGUUUGAUCGAGAACUGCCACGCAGUGUUUCACAAUGCAUCUCACUUGCAGAUGCACACCGUACGGCGUCACAAAACUACUGCAAAUCUGGAACCGGCGACAAAAGACUCCGUGGACGUGAACAAACAUUUCUACUGUCCUUGGCAGAACUGUCCGUACUUUCAGACGCCUCUGGGUCCGCCGAACGAUGCACGGCACUUUCUUUCGUUUCGAAGUUUAAAGCAACACGCUCUGAAGGUUCACGAAGUGCGAACGCAUGUCUGUACCGACUGCGGUAAAUCAUUCGCAACGCAUUACUUUUUGAAGCAUCACCAACAAUCGUGCGGCAAAUCUUUUAUCUGUGCACACUGUCCGUCAUACUUUGGCUCGAGAGAAGCGUUGCUUACACACGCCAAGCGAAAACAGCACGGCUAUGAGGAGUUGCUGGCUACAAAGUUACCGCGAGCCAACACGAAUUCUCAGAUCCACAAUGCCGUUACCACGCAACAAAAAGCCAACGAGAAUAAGGCCGUUAGCACCGCCACACAGACCAUCGUGGAUGUUACGAUGCACCAGGAUCAAGCAACCCAAACGGUGGAAUCGUCCAAACAGCCAGCAAACCACGUUUCCGGAGCAUCGUCCCUUCCUGUUGCAUUCCUUAGUGCUCAGCAUCUUAUCGGUGCGAGCGAGUUUCCGAUCCCUGUCGUGUGCACCGAAACGCAGACAGAUUUCAUCGACGUGAUGCUGGCAAAUGCAGGCGAAAACCGUCACGAUCCACUCCUUUCGUACACGCACAUGUGCACCCAAACGUCUGACGAACCGGGACUCUUCUCUGAUCUGGGCCUUUCUACGAUCGAAACACAAACCUGCUGGAGUGAGGAUGGCGACGGUGCAACGUUCGGAGACUUUCUAGUGUCGACGGAAACGCAAACUAACUUCGAUAUCGAUAGUUUCGGCUGCACCGACAGUUACUGCCCGAAAGCGGGCACUGGUGACAGAAACGAGGUGCCGCCGAAAUGCAAGCAAACGCAAGCGCCAGAAACUCUGCCGCAAGGAUUCCAAGCGCCAGCUAGUUGUGUCGAUUUUCUCAGCGAUGGGGACACUCUCGAUUGCCCGUCGCAAACCUCAUGA